GGCAAUAGUGAAGGUGUGUAAUCGACUGCGGAAUUCAGUCCCUUGCAUUAUUACCAACAGCUCUAUUCCUUGAUUGAAUUCACGCCGGCUAUCAAUAGGAUCUAUUGUUCACUAGAUCGCACCACUAUUAACUCACUCAAUUAGUGGAAAUAACAACAGUUAAUUCAAUUCCGACGCUUUCCAAUCUCUCAACAUGCCAGAAUCCGUUCAAGCAGAGAGUUCUGAAUUUCCAAGCAGAAAUUCAAGCCCCACGGCGGCAUCAACAGCCGAUACACCAGCUUCCAACCGAGCAACACCUGUGAAAGGGAACAGUGCUCUCAAUGCUCAGCAUUUUCUUGCAUCGCCUAUCGGCUGCAAGCUGUUCGUCAAAAAAUUGAUGCAAAAUCAGGAAGCCGAAUUUCGUAAAGCUGAAAUCCUAUCGUUUCGCGGUCCAACUGACGAUCCAUCCAAAAUGGAAUAUUAUGUGCAUUAUGUGGAAUUUAACAAACGUCUAGACGAAUGGGUACCUGCCGAGCGACUUGACUUAUCCCGAGAAAUCGAGUUCCCAAAAACCAAGAAGCAGAAACUCAAAGAACACGUUGUGGAAACACCUCCGCCCGAUUCUCCAAUGCGCUCUUCCAAAGGUGCUAGAAAGCAAAAGGGUUCUCAAGAUAUGUCGACGCAGGUCAGCUCGGCCGGAACACCGUCUCAAAAGCGCCGAAUGGAAGAUUUAGCGGCUGGUGAAGUGGGUACCCCAGGAGAUGAUGCAGAAACACCUGGCUUUGGAGGCAGCAAAGAUAUGGAUGAUCAUGAUGAUGAAACGGAUUUGUUGGAUCCCGACGAUCCUAAUCAAGGCACUGCUGCUGCCCCUGAAGAGACUUUCUCUAAAGAAAAGGAAAUCGAGAAGUUACGAACAUCCGGUUCCAUGACACAGUGUGUCAGUGAAGUAGCGCGUGUUAAAAAUUUGAACACAAUUCAAAUGGGCAAGCACGAAAUGGAAGCUUGGUACUUUUCGCCUUAUCCAUUGGAAUACGCGUAUGCCGAGAAAUUGUACAUUUGCGAAUUCUGCCUUUGUUAUUAUGUUUCCCACAAGCAACUUGAGCGACAUCGCAGCAAAUGCCAAUUACAACACCCUCCUGGCAACGAAAUUUAUCGGUACCAAGAUAUUUCAUUCUUCGAAAUCGAUGGGCGAAAGCAGAAGACUUGGUGUCGAAAUUUAUGCUUGCUUUCAAAAUGCUUUUUGGACCACAAAACCUUAUACUACGACGUUGAUCCUUUCUUGUUUUACUGUAUGACACAACGGGAUGAGCUUGGAUGCCACCUUAUUGGAUAUUUUUCAAAAGAAAAGGAAUCUUCAGAAAACUAUAAUUUGGCUUGUAUCUUAACUCUCCCGCAAUUCCAGCGUAUGGGUUUUGGUCGUCUCCUGAUUCAGUUCUCAUAUGAACUUUCCAAAGUUGAGGGAAGAGUUGGUUCCCCCGAAAAACCGUUGUCCGAUUUAGGUUUGCUCUCUUACCGUGCUUAUUGGACGGAAACCAUUGUGGAACUUCUACUUAGCACCACCGAUGAAAUUACCAUCGAAGAAAUAUCACAGCGAACAUCUAUAACACCACAAGACAUUCUGCAUACCCUUCAAAACAUUGGAGCUCUCAAGUACUACAGAGGCCAACAUAUCAUCUGUCUUGGCGACAAAGUCAUAGACAAUUGGGAGAAAGGAAGGAAGAAAAAGAGAAGAGUUAUUGCACCAGAAAAGCUGGAUUGGAAGCCUAUGCAUUUCACACCCUCUCAGUUACGCUUCUUGUAAACGCUGUCCUGUACACGAGGAUAUGAUCUCCCUUUCUUGCCGUAGCAAUGGGCUAUGUUAUGCUUUAUGGCUUUCUACUUUAUAGUAUUCUUUUUCCUCACUUGUAAACAUGUAAAUAAAUAAUCAAAGACAUUCAAAUGGAUGCGUAACGGGAAUGGAAGCCCAAACCUUGGGAAACUGCAACAAUUUUUCCUUUGAGGGAACAACGCUGUAACAUUUGAUGCCUUGCUGGAAAAAAUAAAAUUGAGAGAAAUUGCCGAACCGG